AUGUAGUUCCCAGCCGGCCAUAGCCGGGAGUGGCGGGAGUUAGAGGAAGCCAGCAGCGCCUGCGCACCGCUGUCAAACCGCCGGGUGCACACCCGGAUGCGCGCGCAACGCCUCCGGCUCUCCCGGAAGUUUCCGCAGGGCAGCUGAGAAGGCCUUGGUCAAGAUGGAAUUUCCAACCCUGUGAACCCAAGAACCAGACUGCGAGUCCACCAAGGUGGUGGCGCUGUUUGGGGAGGUUGUGAGAGCCUUUUGACAUGGAGCCUAGCAAGCAGACCCAGGGCCAUAGACGCAGGGGCUUCUGUGAAGCUGGAGGUCCCUGCCUCCUGGUCCACAGAGACAUGAGUGAGCACAGCUGCAGGCUCCCACCACUGGGGCCACCGCCACUUCCACCAGCAUGCCUCCCCUGCCCUGGUGGACCUGAACCAUGACCAGAAGAGCAUGAUCUCCUUCUGUCCAAACUGUGGCAAAAACGUGGAAGCCACAUUCAAGUUCUGCCCCUACUGUGGCAGCACGCUCCCUGCAGAGGAGCAGGCCAGCACCUCCGCCUUCCCCAGGCCACUCGCGUCAUCCUUCCACGGCUCCAGGAGGGGGCUGAGCUCCAGUCCAGAAACCUCCCCCAAGAAAGUGAAAUGGUCGCACACCGUCACCUCUCUCCCACCGACUCUCCUCUCUGAAUGUGAUGGUUCUGAGCCUGGAAACACCUUGAAUUCUCCUGAGAGAUCCACAGGCUCCGGCAGCAGACCCCUGACCCCUCGAAGCAGCCCUCAGUCCACCAGGCUAAGCCCACAGACACUGAAGCGGAGCCGGGUGACCACCUCACUCAAGGCUUUGCCCAUGGGGACAGAGCUGACAGACAAGAAUGGGCAGCGCUGGAGGCUGGGGGCCCUCCAGACCCGGGAUAACCAGGGCAUUCUCUACGAAGCUGAGCCUGCUUCUGUUGUCCCCUGUGAAUCUAGGACCCAGAAGCACAGAUUCUCGCUCAAACUGGAUUCCAAGGACGGACGCCUCUUCAAUGAGCAGAACUUCUUCCAGCGGGCUGCCAAGCCCUUGCAAGUGAUCAAAUGGAAGCGGCAGCGCUCAGCCCCGCUGCUGGCUAUUCCCACCUGUGUGGGCUUUGGACUCCACCAGGACAAGUACAGGUUCCUGGUGUUCCCCAGCCUGGGGAGGAGCCUUCAGUCGGCCCUGGAUGACCACCCGAAGCACACCGUGUCAGAGAGGUGUGUGUUCCAGGUGGCCUGCAGGCUGCUGGAUGCGCUGGAGUUCCUCCACGAAAACGAAUAUGUGCACGGGAACCUGACGGCUGAGAACGUCUUUGUGAACCCAGAGGAUCUGAGCCAGGUGACUCUGGUGGGCUAUGGCUUCACCUUCCGAUACUGCCCAGGCGGCAAACACGUGGCCUACAAAGAAGGCAGCAGGAGCCCACACGAGGGGGACCUAGAGUUCAUUAGCGUGGACCUGCACAAAGGAUGCGGUCCCUCCCGCCGCAGUGACCUCCAGGCCCUGGGCUACUGUAUGCUUAAGUGGCUUUAUGGGUCCCUGCCGUGGACAGACUGCCUUCCCAACACCGAGGAGAUCACCAAGCAGAAACAGAAGUAUCUGGAUGCCCCCGAGUCCCUCGUGAAACGGCACAGCUGCUGGCUUGGGACCUCAGAGAGCCUGAAGAAGUAUCUGAAGGUGGUGAUGACCCUUGAGUACCAGGAGAAGCCGCCCUACGCCAUGCUGAGGAACAAUCUGGAAGUCCUGCUGCAGGAUCUGCGGGUGUCACCCUAUGAUUCCCUGGACCUCCAGAUGGUGACCUAGGCUGAAUCCAGAAUUUCUGACUUGCAGCUGGAGGCAGAGGGGAAGCAGUGACUCCAGGCCUGCUGUUUGAUCACAGAUGAGCUUCUAGAAGCAUCCCUAGGCCAGUGAAUCAGCCCCUCUGUGUGAAGAACCGAGUCCCCCUCCAGUAAUGUGAAGCUUCUGCCGGUCCCUGCGCUUUGCACAGAGGUGGCUGGACUCCAGGCCGUGCAGCUAUGGUGCUCCGUGCUUAGAAAUAAACUUCUAAAUCGGCACCUGGAGACUCAUGUCCCCAGUCCCGGGAAGGUCUAGCUCCUCUUUCUCCACCUGUCCACCCUCACCCUUGCAUCCGGCCACACAAUUUCUCAGUUUCAAGCUGGCUGGUGGGAUGGUCACAUCUGUGCUGCCAGGAGCUCAGGAAGCCAAGGCUCCGAGACCUCAACUCGGCAAGAUGCUGUCAACAAAAACAGAAUCUGGCAGUCUGUUUAUUCCUCCAUGAGAUCAGUCAUCCAUCCAGCCAGAUUCCAGUCCUUCAUCCACCCAUCUAGUACUCGCUACAUCCCACCAGUCUUUAAUCAUCACAUGCUUUCAUUAACAUCUAACUGCCCCACCCUCCAGCAGCCUCCUGCCUGUCCAUCUUCCCACCCAUUCUUCCAUUAGUUACCGGAUGCUUUUCUGUGCCACACACCUUCCUCAGUCCCAUGGUUUAUCCUUUGAUUAAAGAAAUGCGAACUUCGUAA